UCCUCUCGCUAGGCCAGUAUCAAGCCGGGAGCCGUCGAGAGGGUUGAUCCACCUCCGCAAUCGGCGCUCACGCUCUUACCACGUACAUAUCUGACCAGACGUAUCAUCAGGCCCACGCUCGACCAACGCUAGGCCAACGAUAGUAGUCGUGCGCGCGGUUGUACAGAAAGCUGCCGCUCUCGUUCAGGUGCAGUGUGUGUGGCUGGCGGUAGAACUCGACAGGGUUGGAUGAGAAAAAUGGGGCGUACGCCGAGCCACGAGAGCCGGAUCGAUCGCGAAAUAAACGUACGCUGGAUGGACGACGACGUGGAGUAACCUGUCUGCAGAGUGGAAACAGCAGGCAACGUACGACGAGGCUACGCAAGGUUUUCGGCGCUGGCCAAAGUACUCGCGCCAUAGUGCGGUAGAUCGCGGCGGUGCUCGUUACAUUGCUGCGAGAUCCUUUGCGAGUCCGUGUGUUUUCUCCGUGCGGAGGACAGACAACGUUAAACAGCACACGGUUGUACGAGCAAUGCAUGCUGCGUGACGAGUGAGCGACACAGAGAGUUGUGCGCGUAAUCGGAGCGUGUGCGAGGUUUUCCAAUGGUCGUGACAUGUUGGCUGUUGAUGCUGCGUAGGGUGCGUGGUGAAAGUGGUCGUGUUAACGUGUGUUAGGAGGUCGAGGUCGUGCUACGUAUCCAAGUAGCACGGUAUUUCGAGGAAUCUCGGGUGUCGUUGCUUCCAGGUCGAAUGAUUCCCUUUCGAUCGUGCGAUCUCUCGUGACCCUGAGCAAACUCGAUUAAUUGCCGCGACUCACUCGACAUCGCCAUAGCAGGGCGAUCGUGGCAGAAGAAAGAGAGGCGACACCAGCAAUCGACCAAGUGCAGGUUGAGGGCUACUUGAAGAGACUCUGUCGAGAGCACAGACGGAGAAAGUGUGUCAGCGACGUGGUACGAGGCGCCUCGAGGUGCCUUAGGUUAGGUCGCUGCUAGAGUCCCUUGAUGCGAGGCGACGAUAGAAUAACAAACCCGCGAGCAAAUGUCGCGUUAAUUAUCUUGGAAUUAAAAUUCUUUCCUCGGGCUGAAACGCUACUAGACGGGACGAACAAAAAGAAGGAAACGUUGACACGGUGACGGAAAUAAUUGAAGCUUCUCAUCGGAUUCGAGCAGCUCUCGGAGAAGUAUCGAAUUAGAAAAGAAUCGUCCAAUUGGUGCAACAACCGUUUAGCCUUGACGUUAUCGCGUUUCUUUCGAGAUAAUUAGCGGAUACAACGAACGAUCUCAAAACAAAAUCGUCCAAGCUGGCAAUAACUUGCGGAGUUGUAUAUCCAGCGUGAACAUGAUCUCGGUGAGAAAACACCGACUGCACAUCGAUUCGCUAGAUGAAAAUCUCACUAACGAGCUUUCGCUCAUCUGAUUACUGGAAAGUGAAUUCAUUAAGCGCAAUCUAGUGUCGAUUUGCACACGUACGAGAGGCCGCAGAAGAUUCGUCAGAAUCAAAUUGUGCAUAACGUGAUUGUGAAGUGAUACUCUCAUAAAGCAGCAUCCGGUUCGUUGCAUCGGAUCCAAGUGUAGCUCGAACGUGUGUACGCGCGUUAACCGAAGAAUCGGGUGGUAAGCGUGUUCGAAGCGUGUUUCGUGUGGUCGGCUAUUCUCCAUUCGUCCGAUUUCACUCUGCGAUCGGCAAGGUAAAAGAUCGAAUACAUAUCCAGUUGCACUGCCGUUUGCCAAGCACAGCGAAUCGAACGUGCUGCGUUUCGUUUCUCUAGCAACUUGCCUGGCCAACUACCGCGACAAUUUUCAAAGAGUUCCACUUGUUCUGUCACGAAUUUGUCGGAACGUAGGAUUUUCGUUUGAUCGGCAAUUUCCUUUCGCCAUCUCUGCUGUUUGUUCCGGCUCAUCGAUAAUCGCUCGUCGUCGACCGCGCGAUCCCAUAAAAGACGGACAAAGCGGACACGUCCUAGCGAAGGGUGCGAAACAAACGAGCGUCUAGGAGAAAGACUCGCCAAGCGAUUCCGCACGGACGUGUGCACAGUCACUCUCUCUUUCCAUAUCCGCCACCCACGCACGCAGCCGAGGCCGUCCGCGCGUGCGUGCUCACGUGCGACUGCAGCCGGUACAACGUGGCUAGCGAACGAGUACACAAAGUAGCUACGCUGAUCGAACGCUGCACGUCCACCGAUCCAAGCUAUCAGGCUCGCUGGAUCAGCUCAUAGCCGAGUGUCAAGCCGCCGCUGUUGAUCAUCCUCUGCGGGCAUUUAUCCGGUGUAAUGUGACGAAGGGAAGAAGAGCAGACUAAUCGACUGUCAAAGUUCCAGCCAAGUGUCCUUGACGUACGAGUGAAACAACACGUGCUGUUGAACAAUCUGAUGAACAGGAUUUAGCAGUGCGAUCCGCCACAGCUACGACCUGCAACUAUGCAUUCCUCGCUCGUGACCAGCAACACAGGCGCGCUGAUGCCGUUCCUGGUGGUGUUGCUCGGCCAGGUAGCCACGUCCUUCGUGCUGGAGGGCUCGGCCACCAGUUACGCUCAGUUUAGAAAAUGGAACGCCGGUCUGAACGGCACGCUAGAGUUCGAGUUCAAGACCGAGCAAGGCAACGGUCUGUUGCUGUACACCGACGACGGCGGCACUUACGAUUUCUUCGAGGUGAAACUUGUGGAGAGCGCGCUCAGGCUGAGAUACAAUCUCGGCGGCGGUGCACAGAUCGUCACCGUCGGCCACGACCUCGGCGACGGUCACUGGCACAAGGUGCAGAUCACCAGGUGCAACGAAAACACCACGCUGACCGUGGACGGAGUUAGCGCGAUCUCCACGUCCCGCGGCAAGGAGUUCGAGUUCGGCAAACUGGCUGGCAAUUCUGACGUUUACGUGGGCGGCAUGCCCAGCUGGUACAACAGCAAACUGACGUUGCUGGCGCUGCCCAGUGUGAUUUUCGAGCCGAGGUUCAACGGGUUCAUCAGGAAUCUCGUGUACGCCGACGGGGAGAACAUGGUGCCCAGGAGGCAGGAGAUGAAGAGCCGGGACGCCAAGUGUGGUGGAUUUCCGUGCGUCGAGAAUAUCAAGCGCAAAUCGCCAAGGAGUUUACGCAACAUGAUGACAGCCAAUACGACGGAUGCCUGUGAAACGCGUGAUCCCUGCCAACACGGCGGAAUCUGCAUUUCCACCGACAGUGGACCCUUCUGCGAGUGCCGGUCCGGCGAUUAUGAGGGCGCCUAUUGUGAGAAAGAAGCAUGGAGCACGGUGCUGCCUACGGCGGGUGCUGGUGAUUACUGGGCGUGGGAAUACAAUAAAGCGCCAUCAGAAGCGUCUUUCAGAGGGACCGAGUAUCUGACGAUAAAUCUGAGCAAAGGAGAUCCGAUCCUCAGCACGCUGGAAUCAAUCAGCUUGCAAUUUAAAACCAGGCAACCGAAUGGACUACUGUUUUAUUCCGGACAGGGAGAUGAUUAUCUGACCGUAUCUCUGAGAGACGGAGGGGCAGCCGUGGGCAUGACGUUGGCUAAAGGAAGAUUAGAUCUGCACAUAAAGCCAGUCCGAAUCCGGUUCGACGAUAAUCAGUGGCACAAGAUCAUCGUCCUGAGGAAGGUUCAAGAGAUAUCCUCCAUCACCAGCUUCUGCAGGCUGUCCGCCAUCGUCGAUGGGAUUUACGCGGAACACGGCCACACUGCGGGCUCGUUCACACAUUUGGCGAGCGAUCGACUGUUGGUGGGCGGUGGCGCCGACGCGAGAUCCCUGCAGGGCGCCAAGGGGAUCAACAACUUCGUCGGAUGCCUGAGGAAGGUCGAAUUCGUGGCGGAGGGGGUGAAAAUGGAGCUGAUCGACGCGGCCAGGAGCGGAGCCGCGGGCGCGGCCGCCUGGGGCAAAAUGGAUUUCCAUUGUCGGGAACCCAGAGCCUCGGACCCAAUCACCUUCACCACCAGGGACUCUCAUCUCAAGGCUGCGGCGACAAUAAGUGCAAGGCGACUUCACGGCGCCGUGGUUACCUUCACCAGCCCAGAGUCCCACCUGGUCCUGCCACCCUGGAAGGCGGCCAAGUCCGGCAGUAUAUCCUUCAAAAUCCGGACCAACGAACCUAACGGCUUGAUCAUGUACAGCCGUAGUGGAGCUCACACGAGGCAAGAUCUCUUCGCCUUCGAGAUCUUCAACGGUCAUCUGUACCUGCACGCUGACCUCGGAAGCGGACCGGUGAAGGUGAAAUCGUCGAAACAACGAAUCGACGACGGCACGUGGCACGACGUGGCACUUCGUCGAGUCGAAAGAGACGGACGUGUCACCGUCGACGGUUCCAUUGUCGAAUUCCGUACACCAGGUGAUUCCACGCAAUUAGAUCUCGAUGGAUUGCUGUAUAUCGGCGGUGUGGGUGCUCCAUUUGCACCCCUAACAGUCCCUCCAGUACUAUGGACAGGUGCCUUGAGACAGGGCUAUGUCGGUUGCAUGAGGGAUCUUGUCAUAAACGGCCAACCGAUAGAUAUAGCUGGAUACGCUCAGCAACAGGAUUCUGGAGCUGUCAGACCGGCUUGUCACACUCAAACGUCCCACUGUGCUUCACAACCCUGCAUGCACGGUAGCCAUUGUCUCGAGGGUUGGAACAGGUUUCACUGCGAUUGUACCGGAACACAAUACACUGGUCCUACUUGUGGAAAAGACGCAUCAACGUUGCACCUGAACGGGACGCAACAAAUGACAGCGUUGAUGCCAGAGGAUUCGAAAACUCAGACCGAGGAGAUCGUAGUUCGCUUCAAAACCACCAGGCCACGUGGUCUUCUGCUAGCAACGAGUUUGGAAAACAGUUCCGACCGACUGCAAAUCUACCUGGAAGAAGGCAAAGCGAAGAUGCUGAUUCACAUCGGGGACAAGGAAAAGACACUGGUCGCUGGACAAGGUCUGAACGACGAUAUGUGGCACACGCUCAGGUUCUCCAGGAGGGCAGCUUCCUUGAAAUUUCAGAUCGACGACGAGCCCGCUGUUAGAGCCGAAACGCAGCUUGGCAAGCAAAGCAUUUUGGAAUUCCGAACGCUGCACGUCGGAGGCUACUUGCACGCCGGAGAGGAAAUCCCGCACUUCGUUGGUUUUCUCCAACAAAUCUGGUUCAACGGCUACCCGUACCUGGAGAUAGCGCGCAGUUCCGGCAAUCAUCAAGCUUCUCAUCAAGGUGUAACACCGAUCAUCAGGGUUACGGGGAAAUUCAGCAAAAGGAACCAUCCAGUCCAUUAUCCGGUGACAUUCACAUCAAAGCACACGUUCGUCGGCUUGCCCGUGCUGAAAGCGUACGUGGAAACGAAUAUCUAUUUCCAGUUCAGAACACGCGAAGCGAACGGUCUAAUUCUGUACAACGCCGGUCGAGAACGCGACUUCAUCGCCGUGGAGCUGGUCAACGGACACAUUCAUUACGUGUUCGACCUGGGUGACGGCCCGGUCAGAGUCAGGGACACUUCCAGGUCCAGGCUGAACGACGGCAAAUGGCACGCAGUGAGCAUCGGAAGGCCAGCACCGAAAAGACACACGCUCGCUGUCGAUGACCAUGUGACAGCUGUCAAUAGUCAGGGCAGCAACGAGAACCUCGACCUGGAUGGAAUCUUAUACAUCGGUGGCGUGGAGAAGUCGCAGUACGGCCAGCUACCGAAGCAAAUACUCAGCAGACACGGCUUCGAGGGCUGUCUGUCGUCGUUGGACCUGAGUGGCGAGAGCACCAAUCUGAUCUCCGACGCGGUGGUUCCCAGCUCUCUGGUGGAAUCUGGCUGCGACAUGUACGCCAGCAUGCACGCUGGCAAAAAGUGCACGCACGAUCUCUGCUCGAAUCAUGGCACGUGCGUGCAACAAUGGAACAGUUACACGUGCGACUGUGACAUGACCAGUUUUACUGGGCCGACGUGUAACGAAGAAGCAGCAGCUUACGAAUUCGGAGCCGGCAGAGGAAUUAUCACCUACACGUUCCCGCCGAAUCAGAGGCCGGAGAUGAAGAGAGACACGGUGGCCUUGGGCUUUGUAACAAGCGUGAGCGACGCCGUCCUCGUCAGAAUAGAAUCUGCUUCCAGCAACGACUAUCUCGAGAUUGAAAUUGUGGAAGGAAACGUGUUCGCUGUUUACAAUAUGGGGACGAACGAUCAUCCGAUUGGUGAGGUCGGUGUGAAAGUGAAUGACAACCAGUAUCACGUGGUGAGAUUCACUAGAACAGGGCCAAACAGCACGCUGCAGGUCGACGAUUACAAUUUGCAGUCCAAUCAUCCAUCCGGUCGCCAAUUGACGGUGUUCAAUAGUCAAUCGACUAUUCAAGUUGGUGGUCGAUGGAAUCGCAACAAAGGCAGAGUAGAGAGGUCGUUUUUGGGUAUAAUCGCCGGUCUCGUGGUAAAUGGCGCUCGAAUGUUGGAACUCGCUGCGGCCAAGGAUGGAAGAAUUAUCACCAGAGGAGAUGUUCAGUUAUUACCUCCUGGAAGUCUGCUGGAUCGUGCUGCUCCGUUGCAGAGGAUGCAACAGACGCCGGCGUCCGGUUUCCCAGGCGUCAUGGACGACCUCAUAUUUUCCGGUGCCGGAAGUGGUUGCGCCGCCGACGACGAGGACGAAGAAUGCACGCCAAUCUACGAGCCUGGUUCCGGUAAGUACGACAUAAUAACGCCCGUCUACGUCGCGCCAACGAGGUCGCCGACGACGUUCAGGCCGAAGCAUCACAAGGAGGACCUUCAGCGUCCGUCGUGCGACGACGAGGAGGACUGCGAGGAAGGCUCCGGGGAACCCGUCACCACCGAGGAGAUCUUCGUCACGUCCGCCACUGACUCGAGCUCGGUGGCGUACACGACGGGCCGCGAGUACACGACCAGCCACAUCAGCACGCAAACGUCUCCAGGCUCGCCGUCGACAUCGACCCGGGACAUCGUCACCGACUCCGUCCAGUACAAUGUGUCAACCACAGACCUCGAAACCAGCCACGUCAGUAGCGUUGUGACGCAGAGAUCGAGCACCGUGACGACCCAAACAACGACCACGGAGAUGACGGACCCACCUCCACCGCCUCCACCGCCCAUCUACCCGCCGAUGCCGACGCCGCCGAAGAACAACAACAACAACAAGAGGAUAACGUCCGAGGCGGCAGAGAACGCGGCGCUGAUAAUCGGCAUCAUAGCCGCCGCAUUGAUCGCCAUCGUGCUCAUCAUUCUCAUCAUUCUCAAGUUCAAGAAUCGUCCAGAGACCAGCUACAAGGUGGACGAGACGAAGACCUUCUGUCAGGACCCGAACGCGGCGCUGCUCGGCGCCGCUGGCUCCGGCCAGCCGUUCAACGGGCCCAUGAAGAACGGCGCAAAUGGCAGCAAAGCGAGCAAGAAACGAGAACUGAUAGACAUCAAAGAGUGGUACGUGUAGAGACGGCCAGCCUUCGAGAUCCACGCGUCCGCUUGAGUGGCGCACGUGCUCUUGAAAACCUCGUGGCUAGGUGAACACGCGAGUCCAAGAACUUGACGAGGAACGUGUGACAGCCUCUUCUUAGGUCCUUCGUUGGUGCUAGGGGAACUAUUUAGCUUUAGUUUUUCGACGCGUUUCUCCACGAACGUUAGAACGGGCUGUGUUCCUCGCGGAUAAACGCGGCGAACGAGAGAGGAGACUGCGCCCGAGACGAGUCGUCUCGAGCGAUCUUCGCAGACGUCGUGAUGCGAUCGUUGUUCCGGCGGGACACGACCAGACAGGCAGCGUCCGAUGACCGUCCGUCAUCGCGCUGGGAAAAUCCCAUCUCCUCCGUGUCUCAGCCGCCGGUCAACUUUAGGUGAAUCAGCGUUAUAAGCAUAUCCAAUGUUAUAUCGAUGGAGAUGAAGCCUGGUCGACGCUGUGCGCGACGAUCCCGUCGGCGGAGGCUGCGCGCGUCCAGGAUGGAAGACAACGAGCGGUUCGAAGCUCGCUGCGGCGAUCGGCUUAACGACGGGACGAGACCGAUCGCGUCGACCGGAAAGGCAGAGGAAGAGGAAGAGGCAGCCGAAGAAGCAACGCAAACGCGAAAGAGAGAAGAAGGGAAAGGGAUAGAGGCACGGAAGGUGCGUUGCGGAAGGAUGUAUCGAAUGGUUGUGCCGAUUGAAAACGUGUCCGAGCGGCGGCGGACGUGGAACAUGGCGUUGUUACUCUUCGUCAGAGCGACGCUCGGCUUUAGUUGCAGCACUUUGUCGGCGCUAACGCGACGUCGAGCACAGGCGACGCGACUCGAAGCGUCGAGUCCUCGAAACACCAAGCGCGCCACUUGCACGAAAAAAGAAAAGAAAUUGAAAGGGAGGGACGAGUAUUCUCGCGCAGGCUCGUAAAAUCAAACUUCUUCCUCGUCGCUAGAUAUGUUGUUAGUUGUAUAUUCGUUGUACAUGGACAGGUUCAUCGCGCAUUCACAAUAGCAUUCAGGUGCACGAUGAUCCUCCUCCUUUAGGUGAAGCGUUCGAGAGGAGAAACGAUCGUUCGAGGAGACGUAAAUUGUGCGCGCCACGUAUUUCGAGGAUCGGCGAAGACCAACAGAGGAAGAGCAAAAUUCGCUUUCGUUCGGACGUUGCCGUGGUCCAUGAAGCGCGAGCGCAAAGCGACGAGAAAGUGUUGGAAUUAACGCGCAAGAACGAAAGUAUCGAUACGAACGAUCCUAUCUAGCGAUUAAUGAACUUAUUGUUGUAUAGAAGAAAGCAAAAAAAAAAUAUAUAUAUAUAUACAUACACGAUAUUUAUCGAUUAUGUUAUGCGUGUAAAUUGUUUAUUAAAUUAUAGAUUUUAUUAACACAACAAUGGAAGAGAGCGUGCAGAUACGUGUUACGGUGUGCAUGAUGGAAACGGUAUGAAAGGGAUGAGAGAUAGUCCGCGUUGUUUUGUUUGAAUAUAAAGAAGCGACUCGAAGUAACGUCGGUGUAUUAGCCGUAAAUUUAACGCGUUCUUGCGGGACGCGGACAUUGUAAGCUGUAAGUGAUCGCGCGCGGAAACGCUCGGAGGACACUGUCGAAAUAGUAAAUGACACGUAGCCAUGCGCAGAUCGAUGCUUAUACGUAUACACAGGGUGUGAACGCAGUAUUGCCAAACAAAAAAAAAAAAAGAAAAAGACAAAAAAACGAAUCAAGCUUGACCGGUGUUUAACCCUUUGAUGUCCGAAAUCGCCACCGCGCGUUCCUUCCUCGUGUCGCUUUAUCUCGAUACUUGUGCGGCAUAGUCUUUAUACUCUUCGUGGAAGACCAUCGUUGUUUCCUUUGCAGAGAAUGGUCAGUCUUGUAUCUUCUUGCUUGCGCCUCGCGAUCCUUCCUUUCGUUCGACGUUUCGCGUCUCUGUCGGAUAGUCCGUCGGAUAUCCCGCUGCAUACCUUGAGAAAUAAAAACUGUCAAGCGAAAUUUCGCUGCGCGUACAUUGUCAAACAAAGGGCUGCAAAGGGUUAAUUAUACUGGCGCGUCGCACGAACUCCAUUCCAUGGAUAUUCGAGGCCGUUUCGAUCCAGCUCUAUCCGCCUCUAUAGAAACUCUCCGCGGGCUUCUCCUCCGGCUUCCAGCCGACAGCGGCAUCUCUUCUUACGAUGCACCUUGCCAUCCGAAAGCGUAGCUUGCCCCUUGCGCGACCAAAGUAUAAUUAUCGGCGAAAUACUCUAUAUUUUCGUAUCACGCUGCUUGGUGUUCCCGGCUUUCUAACGGGCGUCUGGUCGAGACUGGUGUUCGUACCGCAACUACGUGUACAUUGAAAUUACUGUUCUACUGUGUGUUGAACCGAUAAUAAAUUUAAGACAGAUAUCCUAUAGACUAUCGAUGCUUUAAUUUCCGUACUAUGUACGUUCCAAAGCUCUAUUUUCAUUUGUUAUUCGUUUAUUUUACUCGCGUGUGAAUGUUCGUCGUUACCUGCGGCAUACGCUUCCGCCAAAUUUUUAAACCGACCAGGGCACGUUAUCACGUGAAAGCAGCACCAGUCUGGACUAGCUGACGAUCCAGUUGGUUCGUAGAUCGCGUCGAUUACGCGCGUGUUUCAACGUCCUCGUCGACCAACCUGAGCCAAAUUGCUACUCGUUGCCGUAAUUCGGUCGUCUCUAUCGCUGCUGAAUUACCUAAACUCCCGCUGGGAUUUCCUUAAGCGAAAGCGCUCGUCCAAAUGUCCCGCAGUCGGCUAAAGGACGUCUCUCGAUGAAGCGUGUCGUCCGGAAAAGAAGGAAGAAUCGCAGAAUCGGUGAAUGGAUUCGCGGAUAAGCAAUAAUGAAACGUGAUACUGACAAGAAGGGGGGAUCUGUAAGUUCAAUUAAUUUAAAAUCAUACUCGCCUGUAAACUGUAGACGUGCGUCGCCCCACAGCGAUCGACCAUUCGUCGAAACGGCAAGUGCCAGUGUGUGGCUCUGAAAGAAACGAAAGAGAAAGAGAGAAUGUGAAGAUGACGCUUAGGCAGGAGAUAGAGAGGAGGAAACGUUCUCGUUUCAGCCACGAAAUUGAUGCUGAGAACGAGAUGCGAAGAAAACGUGCGAUCGUUAAAAGGCUUCUAAGUUGUGCAAUUAUUGUAAAAUGUUGAAACGUAUGCCAAGAACUCGCCACUUGAUCCACGCACGGCGCGCCUCGAACAUCGUGCGACGUCCUGAGUCUCGUUUCAAGCGAGGAAAUUUAAAAAAAAGUUUGAAGGAAGAAAAAGAGAAGAAUAGGAAUUUUCUCAGCCUCUUCGUUACCUCCUCUCUCUCUCUCUCUCUCUUCCACGAAAUGCAACGAUUAUUUCAAUCGCUACGUGUUUCCACCUUCGAAGAGAUUGCACGGUGGCUAAAUGUUCGAGGAACGCCGGCAACUUUGUUCUCUGUUCGCUACUGCACCUCGCACCGCUCUCUCGAACGACUCGCGGAGAAAGUUGGUGGAGGAUUUUCUUAUCGGAUUUAUCGUAGUACCUGUUCUUGUUGAUUCCACGGCGUGCGACUCUCGCUAACGAGUGCGCUCAUUAGUCUCGUUAUCGUUGCGAUUCGCGUUGAACGCGCCUCGAUGCGCGCCCCUGCGACCCUGCAAAACUUCGUUCUCGUUAUACUUCAAUUAUCGCUUCGAUCGCCAACGAUAAACGCGCUGUUAUCGCGUCGCGGGUCAAACGCAGGCUACCGUUUUCCAGUAUCCUGGCCGCUGACACGCUCUCUUUUUCUACUCACGUUCCGCGUGCGAUUUUUACUCCAUCGAUCGUCCGAUUUCUCUGCUUUUAUCAGACGCCAAUUUUUCUCCGUCGUUGCGGCUUCUUUAUUCGAAUUCUCACCUCUUCUCAUCCGCCACGAAGCUUUCGAACGUUUUCCACGUAAGCAACUAACUUGUACAAUUAGCGAUUCGACGUCUACGACGAAAGUCUAAGAUCGGCAAAGUCCAAGAUAUCACGCGGAUGUUUCUUUCUCGGACAAGCAUCGCUUUUCCGGUCGAUCGCGCAAGCGACUCGACCAGCGUCCUCGAACAGGACGACGGUAGCGGAAACUUGGUGAAGCGUCACCUUCGAUAACGUCGGAGUACAGGCUCUCAGGGAAGCACGAUUAACGCGUUUUAAUUAGAAGAAACUCCGAAGCCGGGGUCGGAACCGAACCGAACCGACCACGGUUCCAACGCAUAUCAUAAAACGAAAGACUCUUCGACCGAUCCGAUCGGCCGUUUCGUACGACGAGAGAGGAAAUCGAUGAAAAGGCGAAUCGAAAGUAUCGCGGAGGCGAGUCACGGUAUUUCUCGCGGUCUAUCGCUGCUGGAUCCCGGCUUUCUCUCUUUCCUCUUUACGAAAAGUAAUAGUUGACCGAUCGUGCGGUAACCGGGAAAGAAACGAUUGCUCGCGCGGAAAAGCAUUGCUAGGCACGCGACCGAAACUUCUUUUUAAACUCUCUCUCUGUCUUUCUCUCUCUCUCAAUGAUCGAAAAAAGGAAAGGGGAGAAAUGAAAGUGAAGAAAAAAUAUGGCGAACGAAAACAUUUCGAAACACCGUAAUCGCGCAAGAACUUGAUGAAUCGAAAUAUAGCACGAUCUUUGCCGAUAUAAAAAUGUCGCGAGCUUUCCAACUCUCCGCUUUCUUCUUAUCUUCCUUCUUCUUCUGCUUCUUUUUUCUCUGUCUCUUUAUUCUCUUCGUCGUUGGUUUCUUAUUCACGCGAUAUCUCGUCGAAUCGGUUCGAUCGAACAAACCGGUUUACGCACGACGCUUAAAGAUGGCACGACGAUCUUCGCUUCUCGACAUCGCCACAGGCGUCGCGCCAUCGACAUCGAUCGUAGGCUAUAAAAAUCGAUAAGUCGAUGUGGAUUUCGUGUAUUUACGUGGCUAAAGUUGAGUGGGCAGUCUUAACGAUAUCGCAUCGUAACAUCGUCCGACGCAGCAUUUUUCCGAUUGUCCAUUCUGCGCGUAGAAACGUCAUAUUCGUUGUUCGUCGUUGCUGUCCCGCGCGAAAUAAAAUUCUCGAACGCAAAGUGUAGCACGACUUGCGUUCGCGGCAUCUUACGACUGCAGUUGCCCGUAGUAGCGAAAAGGUUAAAACAACGAAACGUCCUGGCGCUGCCAUAUCGACGAAUGAUAAAUACGACGAAGAUCGGAUCGAUCGUCUUACGGCUUUUCUGGUAUAACUUGGUAAAACUCGAAACCGCUUUCUUUCUUAUGUCGUUGCUUCGUCUUCGUUCAAAGGAUGGAACGUGAUAUAUCGGCACGUUGAAACGAGCGUCACCGAUUGCAUUUACAAUUUCUACGUGAAAUGUCAUGAAAUUUCGAAGCGUGCAAGUGCGAUUAAACGUAGCUGUUUUCCUAACGCUUAUACGAAAGAUUAUGCAUUCGAGUACGAAGAUAAUUUUUGUCUAACGAUUAAACAAGUCGUUUGUCUUGGUAGGGACGAGAGAAGCGAGAAAGUCGCGCGCCUUUGGCGUACGAUCGAACGCGAUACGAUUAUCGGAUUAGUUAAACGAUGUCGGUCGUAAUUCAUCGACGAUAACGUAUCAACGUGUUCGUGGUAUACGGAACAGAGUACCGUGGUGAAGGUAAUUCUUUUGCUGCUUUCUUCUCUUGAAAAAUGAACAAUCGCAACUGACUUUGCUAUUCGUUGGCGUGGCGUGGCGUGGCACGCGAACGCCGCGCCAUCAAUCAAGAACACGCGUUCCACCCAUCGACAAAACACGAACAUAUUGUUAUCACUGCCCUCCAAACUCUCUAUCUGCAUAUCCUUCGGUGUACUGACGAUUAACGUUUAUACUAAACUAAUUAACUUCUAAUAAAGAUAUCUUAUCGAGCAAAAUGUUACUCUAAACUCUAACUUAACGCGUUAAAAGCCUCGAACUUAAGUGUGUCGCGGAUAACGUCAUACCUAAACUUAACUAUUAAAAUACGUAGUGCGGCAACAAGCAAAGUGUUAGCGAGAAAGAGGAACGCGUGAUAAAUGACAAAUGGUGAGAGGAAAGCGAGAGCGAGAGAAACAAAACCGUACGAAUGUCGUAUAUGUGUCUGUGUCUGUAACGGAACGCGCGCGCGUGUAUAUGUGUGUGCGUGUGUGCGUGUGUGUGUGUAUGUAUGGGCAUGUGUAUGAGACGUAGGGAAGAAAACAUUGCGCGUGUCUUAGCGUGAGACACUUGAUAUGGCGAACCGAAAGUCGUUGGAUAGUACGCAGGCAAAAAGAGAAAAGAAUUAAAAAAGAAAAAAAAUGAAUAAUAAGCUGACACACAAGUGUAUCUAGAAUCGCUAUAGCUAGAUGGAAUUAUAUUUUACAAUUGUACAGUUAUUAUACGUUCGGGCGCGCUAAACCGAUUCAAUCUAUAGAUAGUCGAAAAGUAACUAUGUGUGUGUGUGUGUGUGUGCGCGUGUCUCUCUCUCUCUUUUUCUCUCUCUUUCUCUCUGUUCGUGGACAGCGAAGAGCGGAGAAAAACGCAGACUCCGUGUGAAAUGGGGGAGAAGAAGCGGAUGACAAAACGGGAAAACAGACGACAUUGUGCGGUGAAUGUUACGCAAUGCCGAAAGAUCAACAGCGACCGCGCUGAAUAUUUUUGUUCUUUAAGAAGCUGAAGCUCCCGGUUCUUACACGUAUACAUGUAUACUGUUAUACGUAUGUGUGUAUGUAUAAUAGGAUUCGAGCGCGUAUAAUGAUUACAUCGGAAAUCGAUCCUCCUCGGACAGGAAAGGGUAUAUACACAUACGCAUUGGUGCGUGGCGCGCGUGGAUGCACGUGUAAACACACGCAUGUGUUCUCCUGCGACGAAAGAGAAAAAGCGAUCGAGCCAAUUGGCUGGCUCGGCGUGUUCCCUCGGCACGCACGGGCCGGCCCCUUUCGUUUUCGGGAACUUAAAUGUGGAUACGAGCCAAGUAUAUAAAAUACGAGCCGUAGCGUAAAUAAUGCAUUUAGAUUUUUUACAUGUCGAUGCGAAGCCUCCUGUGCCGUUUUCGUUAGAAUUCCCGACUUUAGAGACGCGCAGAUCUUCGACGCCACGAUGCAACACGACGGAUCCGCGCAACCAAUUCGCAGUUUCUCUUUCUUUCGCCGUAGCGUUCUAUGUUUUAUAGGACACGAGUAUAUAAAGGGGACGAGAACAAAAUGCAAGCAGCGACAAGAGAAGAUGAAACGAUAUCGACGAUACGUUUUACAACUUAUCUGAAACAUGAUCAAACAAACACGAAUACAUGUGAACACACAUACAGAUACACGUACAGGUACACACGGAUAAUAUAGUAGUGCGCGCACAGGCACGCAUUACGAGCUCCCUUGAAAAAAUUGGAGAUAUGUAAAUAUAUAGAAAUAAUGCCGUAACUACGAAAUUAUAUGAAUAAAGUAUUGAAACUGUGUA